UCUAGCGGGAGACUGAACCACAGUGUGUGUGUGUGUAUUGUACAGGGACACAUGUCUUCCUGUGCCCCUCUCACUGCGGCUGCCACUGUCCACUGACCGGGGAGGAGACAGCAGAGACUGCUGCUGCAGCUGGAGGCUGACAAACCGAGGGACGUUGUUACAGUCACUGCUGCUGCUUGCUGAGGCUACCAGAGGCUGCCGCAGUCAUCGACCAAGAAAAUAACCAACCAAGCGAGCGCUGUGGAGUCCGGCGACCAUCGGGUUCCAGCCCGUUAUAGCGUUAUCAUCACCGUUAUCGCACUGCGUGCUGUGUGUCACAGGAGUUUUGGUCCCGCCGAGCCGCCGUAGCUAUGGGAGAAAACAUGUCCAAACGGCUAAAGCUAAUCUCAGCCACAGAGGCGGAGAUGGAGGAGCGCUCAUUUUCAAACCCCUACCCCGACAGGGAGCAGGGAGUCCUCCCCAGCAGCUCAGCAGAAGACAGCGACUUCCUAGAUGCAGAUGGAAAGGUGUAUUCCCCAUUCCAGAAGAAAGUCCAGAGUAAAAUUAAAGAUCUCCUUCAGCAGAUGGAAGAAGGGUUAAAAACUGCUGACCCACAUGACUUCUCCACGUACACAGGCUGGACAGGUAUUGCUCUGCUGUAUCUGCAGCUGCACCGGACGUCCAGUGAAGCUUCCCACCUGCAGAGGGCAUUGGACUAUGUGAAGAGGGCCAUGAGGAGCCUGAAUGGUCGCAAAGUGACCUUCCUGUGUGGUGAUGCUGGGCCACUAGCAGUAGGUGCAGUGGUCCACCACAAGCUUGGCAACACUGGGGACAGCAAUGACUGCCUUACGAGACUCCUCCAGCUGCAGAGGUCAGUGUUGAGUACAGACUCAGAGAUCCCCGAUGAGCUGCUGUAUGGACGCACUGGCUACCUGUACGCUCUACUAUACAUUAACAAAGAGAUCGGAGCCGACACAGUGGAUGAGAGCACCCUAACAAAGGUGGUGACGGCCAUCUUGGAAUCGGGGAAGAACAUGUCAGCAGAGCAGAAGAAGACAGACCGCUGUCCUCUGCUCUACGAGUGGCACAAAAAGCAGUACAUUGGUGCUGCACAUGGCCUGGCUGGGAUCUAUUACACACUGAUGCAGCCUACAGCAAAGGUACACGCAGACGUGCUGUCAGAGUUGGUCCGUCCCUGCAUUGACUACGUCCGCCACAAAAAGUUCCGUUCUGGGAACUUCCCAUCAUCCCUGAGUAAUGAGAGCGACCGACUAGUUCACUGGUGCCACGGAGCGCCUGGUAUCAUUCAUGUGCUAAUCAUGGCUUAUCAGGUGAGACUUAAGCGCAAGGAAAAUUUGCUGAAAAACGAAAAUGAGAAAACCAAGGCUGAAAACCGAUACACCAAAAUUUUUUUUUUUUUUUACCUAAUUAUUAGUAUCAUUGAUCUUAAGGAACAUAUCAGGCAACGAGGGGGCUUGCCCCUCAUCUGGCACGUCCUUUUUGCUGUGCUCUGCUCUCCUCCUCCUGCACAUUUGGGCCAUUUUUGA